GGAGUGUAGAUAAAGUUCUGUUUGGUCCAGUAUCUAAAAACUUACCUCUUUUGACAUUAUUCUGUUGCUUAGGAGAAGGAAAAGUGGAAACGACGACCUCAAAGCUGGUGAACCAACUGUACCUGAAAAUAAACCAUCGACAAAAGAAAGAACACACCAUGCACCUGACGUCUCUACCUACGUUAAUGUUGAACUGUCCUCAACAAAUUCUGCCAAAAUGUUUGAGGUAAAUGAAACCUUCGCCAGUGAUGAAGUACCAGCCGUAGCCACUGGUGAUGUAGCACUAGUGGUUGAUCAAGGAGAGUCAGAAGUCCAACAGCCUGACGAAGAUGAGGAGGACAUCCAGGAUCCUAACACGUGCUACAAUUAUGUCCAACCGGCAGCUCCUUCCUUCAGUCUGCCAGAAGAAGGUUUUGAUGCCACAGAACUUGAAAGUAUCAUAGAGAGUAUCAGGAAACAACCUGGUGGAUUUCAUGCAGAAUAUCUUAAACUUCCAAGUGGGUUCAGUCAUCCGUACAGUGAUUCCCAGAUAUCAGAAAACAGGUGCAAGAACAGAUACGCUGGUUACUACCCAUAUGACAACAAUCGUGUCAAACUAUCAGCACUGCCAAACACUUCGCAUUCUGACUACAUCAACGCAAGUUAUGUGAAUGCAUAUGAGAAGCCGAAUUAUUUCAUUGCAGCUCAAGCUCCAAACAAACUGACUUUACUAGAUUUCUGGAGAAUGAUUUGGGAGCAAGACUGUGGACAAAUUGUCAUGUUGACGAACCUAGAAGAGAAUGGAAAGCAUAAGUGUGUGCCCUACUGGAAGGAUUCAGGGUCGAUGAAUGUUGGGUAUUUUGAUGUGGUGGUGAAGAACAUCACUGAACGAGCAGACUACAUCGUCAGAAAGAUACAGAUCACACAAACGAAGUCUACGAAAUGCAAGAAGUUCGACCAUUACCACUUCACGUCAUGGCCUGACCACGGAGUACCUAAAGUGUUGGACUUAUUGGAAUUCUUCUGGUUGACAAGAGAGACACCCCCGUCCCGCCCUGGUCCUGUCCUGGUACACUGCAGUGCUGGAAUUGGAAGAACUGGAACAUACAUCGCUCUACAUAUCCUGACAGACGAGGUGAACAAAACUGGAAGAAUGAACAUACAGGAAAUGAUGUCCAAGAUUAGAGACCAAAGAAAAAACAUGGUCCAGACAAAGAAUCAGUAUGAAUGUAUUUUCACAAGUAUGCUUGAGGUGGUAGAGUAUGGACAGACGAGUAUGACCACAUCUGCAUACACACUAAAAUAUGCUGAACUAAACGGAUCUUUGAACAUGGGUAAAAAAACACUCGAUGAGCUAGCCGAGGUCAUUGCAUCUACUGAUACAUCUGAUAAAGGUCUCCCGCUGAAUAACCAACUGUGGGUUGAUGGAAAUAAUGAUUUGUUCGUUGUUCAAGCUCCAGUAAGUAAGAUUUUGAUAUAUUCGAAUUGUACAUUAUGUUCUCUUACGUUUUUUGUUCAAUAUAAGAUGUAACUUUGGGUUAUGAUAAAAAAAAAGUUAUUCCUUUUACAUAAAUAUUACAUUCGUACAAAGAGCAUUUCUAUAUUUCGACAGAAUAAUAUUAGAUAUUUGAAAAAAUAUGUUUUAUAUUUUAACCUUUUUGUAUUCUGGUCUAUUUGUGUUUUCAGCUGUGUGUAUUUGUCAUCAGAACCGAUUACGUCCAUUCAUUAUAAAAAUGACCAAUCCAAAGUUUCACCUUUUUAAAACGUGUAGUUAAUUUGGAGGACAUAUAUUUAAUUGGAUGAAUGGAAGGCUUUAUAAUUCGAAUAAAUAAAUAAAAUUGCUUUCUUAUAGAAUUUUUCAAAAUCUUUUAAAUAUUAAAAUUUGUUACUUUGAAAAUGAUAAAUUUGAACACAACCAAUUCUGGUUCUCAGCCCAGAAUACAAUGCAUGCUGAUUUGGGGAUUACGUUUUUCGACAUGUGUUGGGGGAGUAUAAGUAAAGUGUCCUAUGCAAUGUAUUGGGGGGUGUUUUGGCCUUUUAAAUAUGUGUACUGUUUUUCCAAGUCCAGGCCGAUGAAUAAAGUAUUAUAGUUUGUUAUGUAUUUUAUAUUUUAAACUUUACAUUUAUCUGUUCUUAUAUGUAAACGAUUUUCGUAUAAUGUAUCCUGAUCGGUUUGUGUCUUAAAAUGAGUUUAUUUUGUUGUUGUUUUCUCCAAGUCGAAGCUGAUGAAUAAAGGCUAUCUAUUGGUUUACACUCCACAAAGAACAGCGAAUCUGCUGUGGAAACUGAUCAUGGAUAAUGAUUCACUGACUCUUGUCACUCUGGGUAAUAAGAAUGAUGCAGAUUUCAUCCCAAGUCCAAGCCACUCCAGUGUGUAUGGAAAGAUGACUGUGACGUCGGUGACUGAAACUUAUGUCUCGAGAGAAAUAACGUUAAGAAUUCUUAAUGUUGAAAUCAAG